AUGGAACCAGCUGGAGUACCCACAAUGUUUCCAUUCUUGUCGGAAAAUAUGAGGCAGUUGGAUUAUUCUACGUAUCUGGUUGGGAAAUGGCAUUUGGGUUAUUGCAAGAAGGAGUUCUUACCAACGAAUAGAGGAUUUGAUUACUUCUACGGGUUUUAUGGACCACAAACUGGUUAUUUCAAUCAUUCUGCAGACCAAUACCAUCGAGAGCUAAAACGAGUCGUCAAGGGAUUGGAUUUAUUUGAAGAAGUUGGAAAUGGCAAAAGUGUUCCAGACUUUUCACAAAACGGAGUUUACUCUACGGACCUCUUCACUGACGUGGCUAUGAGUGUGUUGGAUAAUCAUAACACUACCAAACCAUUUUUCAUGUUUCUAUCCUAUCAAGCAGUACACCCACCUCUUCAAGUGCCCCGCUCAUUCGAUAAGUAUUGCUCACGAGUCAAGGAUCGCUAUCGCCGGAUUUAUUGCGGCAUGUUGACAGCAAUGGAUUUUGCAAUUGGAAGAUUGGUGGAGUAUUUGAAGGCGUCUAAUUUAUACGAGAAUACUGUGAUCGUGUUCACCAGUGAUAAUGGUGGAACUUCCAAUUUUGGAGCAUCGAAUGCUCCGCUCCGUGGAGAAAAGGAUACGAUUUGGGAGGGUGGUACGAAAACAACGACUUUUGUGCAUUCACCAAUGUAUAUUGAAGAAGGGGGUACCCGUGAAAUGAUGUUCCAUGUUGUUGAUUGGCAUGCCACCAUUCUGUCGAUCACUGGUUUAGAAAUUGAUUCCUAUGGCGACGGUAUCAAUCAGUGGGAGUAUAUCAAAACGGGUCGCCCGAAGUUUCGUCGCUUCCAAUUUGUUUACAACAUUGACAAUCAUGGCUCGGCAAUACGAGAUGGCGAUUAUAAACUGAUCGUUGGAAAUGUCGAUCGGAAGAUGUCAAAGGACAAGAAUAGGACACGAUUGUUUAGGAUCGCUACCGAUCCCACUGAAUCCAAAGAUAUCGCAAGAAGUAAUCCAAAAAUUGUUCGACGACUACUCGCUAAACUUGACCAACUCAAAAAAUUCCUCCACAAAAACGUUCGCAAACCACUGAGCUUGUCAGGUAGCCCUGAAAGACUCAACGGGAGCUACUCAAGCUUUUGGUGUGAUGGUCAAGCUUGA